AUGGCGCUAUCCACCGGGUGCUCACACGAGGCUGUGGUGGUGCACGAAGACGAAGGCAUGAGGUACCGCGAGAACAACAACACAGAGGACGAUACCGAAGAAAUGGAAGAGAGCCGGGGACCAUUGGACGAAAGCGGUGGUACCAUGUCUGACGACGAGGAGGAAGAAGACAUUGACGACUCCGUGCUACAUGACAUGGACCACGACGAAGAGGAAGAAGAAGAAAUUGACGACUCCGUGCUACAUGACAUGGACCAAUCCGAGCAGACCUUUCAGAACAUCAGCCAACGAUAUCGCCUGGUUCACCGCAUUGGCGAAGGCACCUUCUCGACGGUCUACAAAGCCGAAGACUUACUAUACGAGCACGAUCGACUGGGACAUGGACGCCGAAAAGGAGAACGCCAACACCAAUGA